AUGUGUGCUUUAACCAGUGUGGAAGGAAAGUUUGUGGAUUCAACUGUAAAACUUACUGUGAAGGUGAAACUGAAAUGCAUAUAUCCAAAAAAACCCACAAAAAUCCAGGCAUCCUGGAUGAAACUUAAUGGAACUCAAAAUAUAGCUAUCUUUCAUCCAAUCAAUGGUAUACAUAUUGAAGACAAAUAAAAUGGAAGAAUUUCCUUUUAAAAUGCUUCCAGCGAAGACAAGUCAUCCUUCUCCAAGAGCAGUUUGCAGAAUGUUGGUAUUUACUUUUGCUCCAUCGUAACUUACCCAGAUGGCAUUUGGGAAAAGGUAAUAGAAAUUGUUCUGCCAGAGUCUCAGAAACAAAGCAAUCUUGUGUCUAACAAGCCAGGAGAAAACGUUGCUUUUACUUGCCCUUACAAAAUUGGAGAUUCAGUACUGCAAGUGAUGUGGGAAAGGAUUGAAGCAGAUCAAAGAGAUAUUGUUGUUCUGUGCAGCUCAUCGGGAAAGCAAAGCUUUGGUUCAGAUUUCAAAGAGCAUACACUGGUGGAUUGUUCUGAUCAGGAAAACUCCAAUAUUGUCAUCCCAAACAUUACAGCCUCUGACUUUGCAACUUACCCCUGUGUAGCUACUGGGAGAAACAAAACCCAUGUGAUGAUUUUUACUGUGGCUGUAACUUGGGAUCACAAAUGGUUUAUCAUCAGCAUAGCUGGAGGAAUUUCUGCUACUGUCUUACUGUUAGUUUUUCUACAGAACUUCAUCACCACUGCUUAUCACAAAAAAAAGAAGAGGAAAAGGAUCACAGAGGCCUUCUCAGAUGAUUUAUAUCCUACUCAGAUGCAGAACACAGGAAGAAGAGAAGAAACAUUACUUGAGCAGACAGAGGAGAUUUAUGUCAACUGCAAUGAUGUCUCGUUUAAACCUAAGAAAAGACCAUUUGAUUCCUUUUUAGGAAUGAAGUAA